CGAAUCUUUUCAAUGGGUCCAACGUGGAUGCAAUCAUUGGGAUACUGGACCCCGCUAAUCAAGGAUACAUCACUUUUGCCCAAUACAAGCAAGCACUUACCACACUAAGCAUAAAAGACAUUAAUGAAUGUCCUGAAGGUGCAAACGAAGACAGAAUAUCCCAUGAAACAUUCAAAGAAGAAGUGAUACAAGGCAUGCAGAGAUGCUCAGCAACAUUUGAGCAACCUUGAACUUAUGUUUGAUAUUUUCUUCCACUCAGCUGAUAUAUGUUUUAUUCCAUGUUAUUAGAUUGAUGUACAUUUAGACUUUGUGAUGUUUGGGUUAUGUAAAAUGGGCACAUUUUAUACAGUUAUUACAAUGUAUCUGGUAAUGUGUAUUCUGAUUCACACAGUUUCAUUGCCAUUCACAAUCGGUUUAUGAUUUGCAUAUUGUGGUGAAAUUUCUUAAACCAAGCCAUGAUCCUAAACUUUGAUUUGUCUUUUUACUCUUAUGUGGAAAACAAUGUUUUCAGAUAAGAAGAAGACACAGUGGUUUACUCCUCAGAAUGCCCUUGGGGAUUAUCUCUGUGGCUCACCUCACAAAACACUCAUUUUCCACUCAUGACUCUAUAGGCCUAAACACUCAGUAAGAAGGCCAGUGGGAUUAACAAUGCCAUAAUUCUUAAAAGGAAAUAAAUAAAUGUAGCUGAGUAAAAAUAUUUUCCUAUGAUCUGCAGUGGAGUACAGUGGUGGAAGAAAUAUUCAGAUUCUUUACUGAAGUUAAAGUAGCAGAAAUACUCUGUUACAAGUUGAAGUACUGCAUUCCAAUUGUUACUAAAGUACAAAAGCAUUAGCAUCAAAAUAUACUUCGACUGCCAAAAGUAAACGUAGCCUCUGCAAUAUGCAGAAUGAUACAUUUCAUAUUAAUGUAUAUCAUAUUAGUGGAUAAGUAUUGAUGCACUAUUGUGUACAGGUGGAUCUGGUAGCUUGUGAAUUUCCCACCAGGGAUCAAUAAGGUCUUAUAAUUAUGCUGUAUUCUGUUUUAUUAAGUUAUCAUUAAAUGUAGUGCGGUAAAAAGUACAAUAUUUGCCUUUAAAAUGUAGUAAAGCUCAAGUAUGAACGGGCAGAAGGUGAAAAUAGGCUACAGAAACCUCAAAAUUGCAUUUAAGUACAGUACUUGCAUAAACGUAACUACUGAGUUACUUUCCACGACCGGUCAGUAGAGGUGUUAUAAAAUGAAGUUGAAACAUAAGUGUUAUUUAGUUAGUUUUUACGCUCUUAUUUUCUUCCCAGUUCUUGUUGCGUUGGUUAGAUGAACGUGCACCCGCAGAGGGCGUGGACAGGAAGUGACAUGGCGCCUCCUUAUGUGUAGCCCCUUCGCCUUCGGUUACUUGUAGGUUAAAUUAGUUUAUAUUUUUCCACACCAAGUUUUGCUUAUAUUUACCGCGACAGCGCCCUGUGGAGCUCAAUAUGGGCACCGUCCAUGCCAGGAGCCUGGACGCUCUGCCCAUGCAAGGGCCGGAGCUAGGAUUUCAAGCAGAUGACAUCGAGGCUCCAGAGACUGAGCCAGAGCCAAAACAAGAAGUUCUUGAAAACAGAGAUGUGGUAGUUCAACGAGUGCACAUAGAUGGGCUUGGAAGAACCAAAGAGGACCUUUUGACUUAUGAAAUUGCAGAAGUUUUCCGGGCGAAGAAUUUGAUUGAUGUGAUGAAGAUGUCACAUGAAGCCCGACAGAAGCUACUGCGUCUCGGUAUCUUCAGAAAAGUAGAAGUCGUUAUUGACACCUCACAAGGUGAAGAUGCUCUUCCUAAUGGCCUCGACGUGACCUUUGAGGUCACUGAGCUGAGACGGAUGACAGGCAGCUACAGCACCAUGGUUGGAAAUAAUGAAGGGAGCAUGGUACUGGGCCUGAAGUUACCCAAUGUAUUCGGUCGGGCAGAGAAACUGACCUUCCAGUUCUCCUAUGGCACCAAAGAGACAUCCUAUGGCCUGUCCUUCUUCAAACCUCAACCAGGACACUUUGAACGCAAUAUCUCACUUGGUGUGUACAAAGUAACAGGUCAGUUUCCAUGGAGUUCACUGAGGGAGACAGAUCGAGGCAUCUCUGCAGAACUGAACUUCCCUUUGUGGAAGACCAACCAAACCCUCAAGUGGGAGGGAGUUUGGAGAGAACUCGGCUGUCUGGCUCGCACUGCCUCUUUCGCGGUCCGGGAGGAGAGUGGCCAUUCCCUGAAGUCCUCACUUUCGCAUGCUAUGGUCAUUGACACCAGAAACUCCUCCAUCCUUCCCAGGAAAGGUGGUCUGUUGAAGAUCCACCAGGAACUUGCUGGUUACACAGGGGGGGAUGCCAGUUUCCUGAAGGAGGACUUUGAGAUCCAGCUCAACAAGCCACUCUUCUGGGACUCGGUACUUUCUGCCUCACUGUGGGGCGGCUUGCUCCUUCCCAUUGGUGACAAGCCAACAAGCAUAGCAGACAGAUUCUAUCUAGGUGGCCCCACCAGUAUCAGGGGAUUCAGUAUGUACAGUAUGGGCCCACAGAGUGAAGGUAUGGUAGGUGAUUACCUGGGAGGAGAAGCCUAUUGGGCUGGAGGCCUUCAUCUCUACACCCCUCUACCCUUCAGACCCAGCAUGGGGGGCUUUGGUGACCUCUUCAGAACUCACUUCUUCGUUAAUGCUGGAAACCUUUGUAACCUUAACUAUGGUGAGGGACCACAAGCUCAUUUGAAGAAACUGGCAGAAUGCAUCCGUUGGUCAUAUGGACUGGGAAUUAUGUUGCGUUUAGGGAACAUUGCCAGGCUGGAGCUGAAUUACUGCAUUCCCAUGGGAGUCCAAAGCGGAGACAGGAUAUGUGAUGGGGUGCAGUUUGGGGCAGGAAUCAGAUUCCUGUGAAACCAUAUUUCUUGGAUCUGGUGCUUCCUUGUGUUUUAACAUGAAUGUUGUGCCAGCAACAUUUUAUUAGAAGGGGACAUUGUACAGAAUUGUUGUUGCAACUAAUUAGAUCAAUAAAAAUGUUUGCACUGAC